AUGUUUGGGAGUCAAUUUGAUUACUUGAAACUCAAACCGAGAACAGUUGAAGAGAUACACCAUGAAGAUGGUUAUAUGAAAGAAGGAAUUGAAAGGACAGCCACAAGAAGAAUCUUUCAAUCAGUCGAAUAUGAUCAUUUCGAGAAGAAAUAAAUUCAACAGUUCAAAGAUAUCAUUAGAGGUGCAAAUAUAAGUGUGAGUUCUGACGAUGUCCUAUUAAGAUUCCUUUAUGCAGGAUAUUUCAAUAUGACUAAUUGUCUAGAACUAUAUAAACGACAUAUUCAUUGGUUGAACACCAGUCGCUUAUCUAACAUACCAGAGAAAGUGCUCCUCUGUUUGAGAGAAGGGUUAGUUUAUAUAGGUGGCAAAGACUAUCAAUAUCGUCCAAUUAUAGUUAUCAAUUUACACAUGAUGGAUCUAUAUCUGUUCGAUUCAGAUGCCUUUAUUCAAGCUCUUUCCAUCCUAUUUGUAAUCUGCGAGGAUUAUAUGUUCUAUCCAGGUAAAGUUGAAAAUAUUGUUGUUAUUGUUGAAACGGAUUAAAUGAGUCUUUACAAUUUCCCUUAAAAAACAUUUCAAGUCAUUAUUUGGAUGAUGAGUUAAAACUUUCCACAGAUCUUAGAUCGUCUCUAUCUAUUUAAUCCAUCUAAAGAAUUGCUUAUGAAUUGGGAUAAUUAUCAUUAAAUGUUAGAUAGUAGAACCUUCAAAAAAAUUGAAAUUUGGGAAUCCAAAUCCUUUGCUCCUCUCGCUCAUGGCUUUCAUCCUGAUAUGCUGGAACGCAGAUUUGGAGGAGGUAUGCCCAAUAUACAGCAAUAUUGGUUGCCAACUCAAAUCAUUUAAUAGCCCAGCAGCAUUUCCUUUAAGGUUCAAAAACCAAUGUAUAACCAAGGAACUAUUCAAUACUCACUUUAUAAUGAUCCUAAGGAAUUAUUAGAACGAUUGCAACAAAGAGAUGCAGAAGACAGAUCAUAGGAAGCCACUCUCAAAAGUGAACCCAAAUCAAGUGUUGCUUCUGGAAAAUUAUAAGUCAUCGAUUUUCAUUAAACUAUGGGUAACGCCUUCAAAAUGUAAAAUUAUGGAUAAGAAUAAUAAGAUCUCAGUUAAACUAAUUUCUCUGGAGAAUUUUAUUAAUAAACUAAUUAAAUUCAAUAAUCUCCUCAAUAACAAUUCAUGAAUCCAGGGUUUCAGGGAUCUGCAUUACCAGAACAAUAAUUUAAGCAACAUAGUAAAGCUAAUUCUGUAGCCUCAUCCUAAAGAAUCAAAGACUAAUAUGUGGCUUAACAAUUAAUGGGCUCCUCCUAAAAACCAAUGAGCGGCAUUUAACAACAAACUAUUAGACCAAAUACUAUGCCAGUUCCUUAACUGGGAGCCCCUGCUCAAUCUGAAAGACUUUACGAAUCUAUGGAUGAAAAAUUAAAUGAUUCCCAGAGACCUUCUAGUAACAAUGUUUAAGCAUGUCUAAUAAUGUGA